AUGCAUAGUAUUCGAUUGAUUAUCUUUCUUUUUUUUCUCAUACAUCAAUCUUUAACUUCUAUUCAUAUGGAAAAUAUAACAGUUACAUAUGAUGACAAUGUAAAAUUUCAUUGUCAAUUACCAUGGAAUAUUUCUUUAAAAGAAAAUAUAAUUCAAUGGAAAAAAUUUCGUUUUGAUGAUGAUAAUCUUAUUAUAUCAAUUAAUGGAAAAAUUCCAAAAAUAUUUGAAAAAUUUUAUCAAACAAUUUUAACAAAUCAAUCAAGUUCAUUAGAAAUAUUUCAUGUUAAUAAACAAGAUUCAACAAUAUAUAUUUGUCAAACAUUUGAAACACAAACAAUACUUUGUCAAUAUAAUCUUGUUGUACUUAUUAAGCCGGAGGCACCAUUAUUAACAAUCAAUAAAGAGAAUAUUGAAGAAUAUCAAACUGUCACAUUGACAUGUUCAUCAUUAAAUGGAAAUCCUCCACCUCAAUACACAUGGCAUCGCAAUAAUAUACUUCUCACUUCAUUGAAUGAACAAGUGAUCACAACAGAAAAUAGUUCAAUAUAUACAUUGAAUGUAACUCGUUUUGAUAAUAAUAUAAAAUAUGAAUGUCAUAUAUGGAAUCAAGCACUUACAAUACCACUUCGUAUUGAACAAUAUUUACACGUUAAAUAUCGACCAUAUGUGAAAAUACUUGAAGGAACAACAAUAUUCUCAAGUGAACAAAAUCAUAUAAGAAAAAUUAUUGGUAUUGAACGUGAACAACAAAAUUUAACAUGUCAUUAUGAUGCAAAUCCAUCACCAACAUCGAUUUAUUGGCUAAUGAAUGGAACAACAAUUGUUAGCCGUGAAAAAGUUGUUUAUAUACCACGAUUAAAAUCUGAACAAAGUGGUAUCUAUACAUGUAUAGUAGAAAAUUCUAUUGGUAAAGUAAAUCAAUCGAUUUAUCUUGAUGUUGAAUAUUCACCUCGUGUUCGAUUUAUAGAAUCUCGUAUUCUAGUAAAUUAUUCUGAUUCAGUUAUACUUCGUUGUCUUGUUGAUUCUAAACCAUUACCAUAUAAAAUAAUAUGGUUGAAAAAUAAUUUAGAAAUCUUUCAUGAUAAUCAAUUAACUGAUUUACAUAUAAAUCAUGUUGAACGUAAUAAUUCAGGUUUAUAUACAUGUAUAGUAUAUAAUCGUUUAUAUAAUAAUCAAACAAGAAAUAAUUCAAGUACAAUAGAACUUAUUGUACAAAGUCGACCAAUUAUUGAAACAACAUAUUCAAAAAUAGCAGUCGAAAUAGGUCAAUCUUUAACAUUAACAUGUCAUGUAAUUGGACAACCAAAACCAAAUAUUAUAUGGAAAUAUAAUGAACAAAUAAUACCAUGUAAUGAAAUAAUAAAUGAUAUAUGUUAUUUAUAUUUUUCAAAAAUAACAAUAGAAGAUUUUGGAAUAUAUCAAUGUAUAGCUGAAAAUUUAUUAGGAAAAGAAGAAUGGUCUUAUACAAUUGUAUCUCGUGGUAAACCAGAAACACCAAAAAAUAUCAUUAUAUCAGAAAUAACAUCAUCUUCAUUUAAAAUUCAAUUUUCUCCAUCAUUUGAUGGUGGUAGUGGAUCUCAACAAUUUAUAAUUCAAGUUACUGAUUCAUGGAAUUCAUCUGUUAUUACUCAACAAAUACCUUUCAAUACUUAUGAAUAUUCUAUCAAAGGUUUAAAUGAAUCAACAUUAUAUAAAUUUCGUAUUAAAUCAAUAAAUAUUUAUGGUGAAAGUCCUUGGAGCCAUGAAAUACCUAUACAAACAAAUGAAUUAAUUAUUACAUCAGAUGAUUUACCACAAUUACAUGUUGUAUCAUAUAAUUCAAAUGAAAAUAUACUUCAAUUUAAUUAUUUACCUGAUAAUACUCGUUUAUUAAAAUUAAAUGAAGAAAAAUUAUGUUUAAAUAUUCGUCAAUCAUCCGAUGGAAAAAUUUAUCAAACAAUUCAACAAUGUUUAUCAAUAUUAAAUCAUCGUGUACAAUGGAAAAUAGAAAAAGAAUAUUCUUAUUUAAAAUUAUCAAUUUGUUCAAAAAAAUAUAAACAUAUAUGUGGAAAAGAAACUGAAAUGAAUCAAGAAAUAAAAAAUCAAAAUUCAACAGCAAUGAUUAUUGGUAUUUUUGUUAUGACAAGUUUUCUUAUUCUUGUUAUUAUUAUUAUUAUUGCAAUUAUAUGUUUUCGAGAGAAAAAACAUCGAUUAAAAGCUAAUGUAAAUAAAUUUGGUAUGAAUGUUUUUGAUAAAGGUGUUAAACCAAUUAUUUCUGAACCACAUAUUCAAAAUUCUUAUCUAUUGUAUAGUAAUUCAAAUAUUCAUUCAUCUUCAUACAAUUAUGAAUAUCAAGAAAAAAAUAUUGCAAGUUCAUGUGACAUUAUCGAUGGAGAACGAUCAAAAGAUGAAACUCAAUACGGAACAGCAAUACGUACAGCAACAAUUCAUACAUCACCUCAUUGGAGUCGUAGUAAUUCUCGAUCUGGUUCAAAUCCAUCAUCAGAAUCGAGUUGUAUAACUCAACAUACAAAUAUACUUUUUGGUAACAAUGAAACACAUAUCAAUCCAAAUUCAAUGUUAAUAUCUCAUUAUGGUUUUCCAUCGAUAAUUUCACCUUUAAAAGAACAUUCUUCAACAAUUCAAAGUUCAUCAUCAAGUGAGAAUUCUACACCAAAUCGUAUAAAAAAACUUUUUUAUGAAGUAGUUGUUUAA